AUGGCCGACGAUGACUCUUCCGAACUUUCCUCCCUCUCUUCUCUUUCUCCUGCCCCCUCCGACGAUGAAGGCGACAUUUCUCUCCAAAAACAACCAGACGGCAUUCUGAGGUUCUUCCAUAAGAUCCCCAAGAACGCCUCAGAAACGCCCAAGGAGAUGUCGCCGCCGCCGCGCAAGAGAUCCCCGUCUCCGGAGCACGAAUAUGUUCUGGCAGAUAAUCCUGACAUCGCAUUCAUCGUCAUGUUCCGCAAGCGAUUCAAGGACGAACUCCCCAAAACACUCCCUCAUUUCGGCCCUCUCGAACUCGAGCAAGAUAUUGUUCAAUCUAUCCCUGGCGAACGAGUCGAGCGAUUUCUGUGCGCAAUUUUGGUUUUACUGCUGAACCGAAAGCAAGACAUCAAGCCUGGACACUACAAUCGCGCUUUGGAGGAUGCGAUCAAGGAGUACAGUUCUCAAUGGCCAGCAGAGUGGGAGGGUAAGAGUCCCCUCUCGAGUGGUGGCUCGUUCAACUCCAUGACCCCUACCCAAAGACUUCUCCUUCUCAAGUCCCUCAUAUACUGGUCUCUCGCGCACUCCGACACGAUCAAAGGUGCCAUCAACAAAUCCUAUAAGCAGAACCGCCAUGAGGAUGAUCUCAACCAGCCACUUUCCGUCCAGCCAUGGGGCUCAGAUGGAGAUAAGCGUCGAUACUUCCUAGUCGAGGGCGAAGACGACAGUUCUUUCCGCAUCUAUCGCGAAAGCAACCCAGCUGGUUUCAACCGAACAUGGUGGAGCGUCGCAGGCAGCAUCCCCGAAGCUCAGGCUCUGGCCGAGAAAUUGACCUUAACCGACAGAGGACCGAAUGCGAGGAAGCUUGUUACUAGAAUCAACAAUGCUAUCGCAGGUUUCGAGGAGAAGGAAGAGAAGCGCAAACGACGCGAGUAUCGCCGCAGCCGCAAGGAACAAUUCCGACGUCCUGAGGUGGGAUUCUCUCUCUACGAGGGUCGCACCAGAGGCAAGCGAGCCAAAUACACUUACUCUGACGACGAGGACUUCUACACUGAUUCUACCAAUCGACGAUCCACUCGCAACACCCGCAAUCAUACCCCGAUGGACUCUGGUCCGAUCAUAACUGCAAGUGGCCGUCAGUCGCGCCCCGUGGCUCGAUUAAACGCCGAGACUCUUAGCAACGGCGCAACAAGCGCGCCAGGCAGUGUUCUUGGAGAUGCCCAUCUCGGCGGCGACGACAUCGAUAUGGAUGAAGAUGGCGACGAGAUUGGCCCAACUGGCAGGCCAAGAAGAUCUGCGGCUGUCAAUCAUGGCAUGAAUGGUUGGGCUGGCGAGAACAAGAAGCGGCGCAAAGACUAUCUUUCCGAUGAUGAGGAUGAAGAUAGUGAGCCGGAUUUCGGUGAUGAUGAAGAGGAUGAUCACGUCCCUGACGAGGAGGACGAUGAUGAGGAGGAGUUCGAGGACGAUCGCGAAAGCCUCGACGAAGACGAUCUUGGCGACAGUCCUGACUCUUCUCAAAGCCGUGUCGUCAAACUCCGCAUCAAGGUCGACUUUGACAAGGACGGCAAAGCCUCACGUAUGGCCAAUGCAAAGCCCAAGCUACAGGAUACCCCUUCUGCUACUUCGCCUUCCGAUGUCCGAAGCCCUGCCUCACCUUCGGGGGAUUCUGGUUCACCUGCCAGCCCCCUUCAGAUCUCCACUGGAACUCCAGAGCGGACCGGUGACGUGGUCAACGUUGCAUUCAAGCGAAAGACACCAGACCCCGCUCCGCAGAUGCCUAACGAUGUUGAACCAUCGGUUCCUUUGACGCCGUCUGGCGGUGUAUCUACCUCUCUGGCUUUUAGAGGAAGCCCAGACAAGGUUCAGCAUGUCCCACGACCGAUCAACAUAGUCAAUGGGGAGUGA